AUUAUGCGUACAAUCCAUAUUGAAGCUGCGCAAUGAACUUUAGCAAACUGGAAAAGCCGGUGGAUGCCUCGUGGCGUCAAAGUAACAUUAUGCCGAAUAAAAUGAAACACUUUAUUUAUUCAUCAUUAAAUCGUUGUGCUCUAACAAUAAACGCAACUUAAAAUUGCCAAAAAAAAAAGAAAAAAAACUUCCACUUUAAAUCGCAAAAAAAUCAUAGAAUAAAACUACAAAAAAAAAAGAAUAAAAAAAAGGUCCAAAACCUAGGUAUUAUAAUUAUCAAGAACCCCAAAAAUUCAUUCCUAUUUCAUCAUCAUUAUUCUCUUUCUCAUUUUUCUUCCAUCCCUCUUUUUUCAAUUUCUCUCUCUCUCUCUCUCUCUCUCUUCCUCUUUUAUUUCUCUAUUGCCCCCUACCCUCAGCGAAACAAAAUUUCUUCCACUAAACGCUCCACGUGUCGAGGAGAGCAUUUCACAUCGUCUCUAUCGCGCGACACAAAUGGUUCGUCGUGCCUUCUAAAUUCCAUAAAAAUCACAUGUCUCAUCAAAAAAUAAUUUUUAUCAAUUUUUUUCAUUUUCGAAGCAAUCAUUUUUACGUCAAACAAAUAUUUAUAUAAAUAGAAAACAAAAAAAAAUUGUGAUAAAAUAUACGUGCCUGUGAAUUUUUCCUCUCCUGGUGCAAUAGAAUAUUUUCUCCCUCAAAAAAAAAAAAAAAAAAAAUGCCGAAAAAAGUUGCUCCAAUAAAAGAUCCCGAACCAAGAAGAAGUUCGGGAUCAAUUAAAGAUGGUAUUAAACUUCAAAAAGAAAUUGGACUUAUGGAUGGUGUUGCAAUUAUUGUUGGAAUAAUUGUUGGCUCGGGAAUUUUUGUCUCUCCAAAAGGUGUACUCAUUAAUAGUGAGAGUGUUGGCCUAGCGCUUAUUGUAUGGAUAUCUUCAGGUGUCUUGUCCCUUGUUGGUGCACUAUGUUACGCAGAACUAGGUACAAUGAUUCCAAAAUCAGGUGGAGAUUAUGCAUACAUUAACGAUGCAUUUGGACCAUUACCUGCUUUUUUAUACGUAUGGGUGGCACUUUUUAUUUUAGUACCAACCGGAAAUGCAAUUACGGCUCUAACUUUUGCUCAAUAUAUCUUACAACCACUAUGGCCAGGAUGUGAUCCACCUCGAGAUGCAAUUAGAUUAUUAGCAGCCGUUGUUACAUGUUUCUUGACUGCGGUGAAUUGUUAUAAUGUAAAAUGGGCAACACGUGUACAAAGCAUAUUCACAGGAACAAAAAUAUUUGCCCUUAUCAUUAUAAUGGUCGCUGGAUUAUGGUGGCUCUGCUUAGGACAUACGGAAAAUUUUCGUAGUCCAAUGUCCGAUUCAAAUACAAAUCCAGCAUCAAUUGCUCUUGCAAUGUACAGUGGAUUAUUCUCCUAUUCUGGAUGGAAUUAUCUUAAUUAUGUCACUGAAGAGCUUAAAGAUCCAUAUAGAAAUUUACCAAGAGCGAUUUGCAUAUCAUUGCCAUUAGUAACAGUGAUUUAUGUUUUCGCGAAUGUUGCAUAUUUUGUUGUAUUAACACAGGACGAAAUUCUCUCAUCAAAUGCAGUUGGUGUUACAUUUGGUGAUAAACUUUUGGGACCAAUGGCAUGGUUAAUGCCAUUUUUUGUAGCAUGCUCAACAUUUGGUGCUCUAAACGGAGCAAUUUUUGCAUCAUCGAGACUUUUUUUUGUUGGUGCACGCAAUGGACAUUUACCUACUGCCAUUUCGCUCAUCAAUGUAAAAAAUUUGACCCCAAUGCCUUCACUUAUUUUCAUUUGCAUCAUAACUUUGGCCCUUUUAUUAAUAAAUGACGUUUAUGCAUUAAUCAAUUACGUGAGUUUCGUUGAAUCAUUAUUCAUUGCGAUGUCAGUAAGCGGCCUUUUAUGGUUGAGGUAUAAAAAACCGGAUCUUCAUCGACCUAUUAAAGUCUCCAUCAUUUUGCCAAUACUAUUUUUCAUAAUUUGUGUAUUUUUAGUAAUACUCCCAUGUUUUACUAGACCAUGGGAAGUUAGUUGUGGAUUAAUAUUUAUUACUCUAGGAAUUCCUAUUUACAUUAUAUUUAUUUAUUGGGAAAAAAAACCAACAUGGAUAAAAAAUUCAUCACAUAAUUUUAAUUUAUUCUGUGCAAAACUAUUCAUGUGCGUUCAAGAGGAAAAAAUAGACUGAAGUUUGAAAAUUUAUUAUUUAUAUAAGAAAAAAAAAGCUAGCACAGUUAUCAAUAUAGGUAAUUUUUAGCAUUUUUAUGUAAAUACUUUUUUACAAGUAUAAUAUUUUUCAACGUUUGCAUCUUCCGAAUAACGAGACAUUUUUUUUUUUAAUCAUUCAGGUUUUUUUUUUUUUUUUUUUUUAUAAACUAGAUAUAUUUUUAAAGUUAAUUUAUUUAAUUUAAAAAAAAAGAACGCAACGGCAAAGGAGAUUUAUUUUAAUUAAGAUUAUAUGGCGUAAAGAAUAUUUAAAAGUGUGAAAUUAUUAUGAACAUGUGCCAAUUAUUAAUUAUGAAAUUGUACAGACGUCAAUCUAGUUAUAAUUAAACAAAUUUUUUACAACAGGGUCCUAUA